UCCGCCCUUUCCCGGAAGGGAGGCGGAAGGGCCGCCCUGGAUCUCCCUCCCCCCUCCCACGCGCACCUGGCCGCCAGGUGGGGCCGCCGCAGCCCCGAACGGGCCUCCGGGGGGCCGGGCGGACGAGGAGGAGGAAGAGGAGGGCCCAGUCCGAGGAAGGGCGCGGCGGCGGCGGAGUCUGCCCCCCUCAGCAGGCAGGAUGCAGAGAGUACCAGUGCUGCUCUUCCUCGCCUGGACCUGCUUCCUCUUCUUCUCGGCCAUCGGACUCUUCACCAGCGGCUUCCUGCUCAUGCGUGUGGAGCUGGCCAACCACAGCAGCUGCUCGGACCCCCUGGCCGCCUCCCUGCCAGGGGCCAGGGCCCCCCUCGGCUCCUGCUGGCUGCCAAGGCGCUUCCCCAAAGCUGUGCUCGUCAUCAUCGACGCCCUCAAGUUUGAGUUUGCCCAGUAUGACCCCUCCAGGCGGGAGCCGCGGCCUUACGAGAACAAGCUGGGGUUCCUGCACCAGCUGGCCAGUUUGCAGCCCCUGCAUGCCCGCCUCUUCCGCUUCCGGGCCGACCCUCCCACCACCACAAUGCAGCGCAUCAAGGGCAUCACCACCGGCUCCCUGCCCACCUUCAUUGACGCAGGCAGCAACUUCGCCUCCUACGCCAUCCAGGAGGACAACUUGGUCUGGCAGCUGGCGCAGAACGGGAAAAGAGUGGUGUUCAUGGGGGACGACACCUGGGACGGGCUCUUCCCCCAGGCCUUCCACCGCUCGUACUUCUUCCCUUCUUUCAACGUGAAGGAUCUUCACACUGUAGAUGAUGGAAUCCUGCAGCAUUUGUAUGAGACAGUCGAUGGUGGCGAGUGGGAGUUGCUGAUUGCCCACUUCUUGGGCGUGGAUCACUGUGGCCAUAAGCAUGGACCAGACCAUCCGGAAAUGGCCAAGAAGCUCUCGCAGAUGAAUGACAUGCUCAGGUCACUGGUUGACCACCUGGCGAAUGACACGCUGCUCCUGGUAGCAGGGGACCACGGCAUGACGGGGACCGGGGACCACGGAGGGGACAGCGAAGAGGAGGUCAACGCAGCCCUCUUUGUGUACAGCAAAGCCCAGCUGUUCCAGAGCCACCCGCCUCAGGAGCCAGAGACCGUCCCGCAGGUGAACCUGGUCCCCACGCUGGCCCUGCUGCUGGGGGUGCCGGUGCCCUACAGCAACAUCGGGGAAGUGAUGGCUGAGCUGUUUGCUGCAGAGGGCGGCGCUGCCUCCUCGCUCCUCGCCCAGCUGGAGGCAUACAGCAUCAACGCCCGGCAGGUUGACCGCUUCCUGCGCUCCUACUCACGGGCAGCCCAGGACAUAUCGGUAGAGAAGAUGCGGCGGCUCCAGGACCUCUUCUCUGCUGCCGUGGAAGAGCAUGAGCAGCUCUCCGCCCAGCUGGGGCCUCCUGCUCUGCCUCACCUGGAGCACCUCCGGGGCCGCUUCCGGCGCUAUCUGCAGGAGGCGAGGGCCGUCUGCGCUGAGUCCUGGGCCCGGUUCCACCCGGCCCGCAUGUUGGCUGGCUGCGCCCUGCUGACGUCUUCCUGUGUGCUGUGCUACGUUGCCUCCAGAGUGGCCUCGGGCCUGAGCUUCUCCUACCGCCGCCUCCUCCUCUACCCCGUCCUCUGGGGUGUGGUGGGAGUGGCCCUGCCCGGCCUGGCUCACCUCCUCGGCUGGGCCGCUGCGGACCUUGUCCUGCUCUCCUCCUGGGGAGCGGCAGCCUCCCAGUGCGGCUUCUUCUGGCACUGCUGGGCCAAGCGGCCAUGGAGGAGCCACGCGGCCAGCGCUUGUUCUCCCUCUGCGGGCACCAGCCUGAGGCAGAGGCUGCGAGCAUCGGGGCUGGGCCUGCCCGGAGGCAUCCUGCUGGCUCGCUGCGGCGCCAUGCUCUCAGACAGCUUCGUGGUGGCCGAGGCGCAGGUGGCGCCCUUCCUGCUGGCCUCGCUGGUUCUGCUGCUGGUGCUGCGCCUGCACUGGGAGGGGCGGCUGGAGGGCGCCUCCCCCCCGGCCCUGCGGCUGCUGGGGCUGCUGGGCGUGGUCCUCGCCUGCGCCCGCCUCUCGGCGCUCUUCCGGCAGUGCCGCGAGGAGACCCCCUGCUGCCGCUCCUCGACGCUCCUGGCCCCGCUCUCCAGCCUGCAGGACCCGGGGGCCAAGAACUCCUGCUACCUCCUCUGCCUGGCCGUGCUGGCCUGCCUGGCCUGGGGCGUGCGCCGCUGGCUGCGCCACUACGGCAACCUCAACAGCCCCAGCGCCCCAGUGCUCUUUGUGCGCUGGGGCUUCCCACUGCUGGCCGUCUGCGUCGGGGGCUACUGGGCCAUCACCUCCGGGGCCGAGGAGGCCCUGGUCAAGCUUCACGCCUGGGUGCAGCUGGCCCUGGUGGCCUUCCCCCAGGGGAUCUUCGGCCUGGUGCUGGUGGGGCUCCUGCUGGUCCUCUGGGACCCCGUGACCGUCUUUGUGCGCGACAGCCGGGAGCCGGCCGAGGCCCCCAUCGUCUCGCCCAGCUCCCAUGCGGAGCUCCAGCACGUCAUCCCCCAGCUCUACCGACGGAUGCAGCAGUCCCUGAAGAGCCGCCUGGACGAGGCCAAGUCGGGCGGCAGGGCCACGGUCGCCGCCUAUGGGCUGGGCAGCGUCUACUCGGCCGCGCUCCUCAUCUGCCUGGCCCUGCUGGGCUUCCUCUUCAUGACGCUGCACAGCGAGCGGCUCAGCCUGGCCUUCCUGCUGCUCUUCCUCGAGGCCUUCGCACUGCUCUGGAUGCACGCCUGCGCCGUGGCGCUCUCCUCCUCCGCCUCCUCGCAGGCCGAUCCCUUCGUGGUGCCCUGGUACGCCCUCAUCGCCUGGGCUCUUGCUGCCGCCCAGUUCUUCUAUGCCACAGGCCACCAGCCAGUCUUCCCAGCCAUCCACUGGAACGCAGCCUUUGUCGGCUUCCAGCAGGGGCAUGAAACCAACCUGCUGCCGGCGCUCCUGGUCGGGGCCAACACCUUCGCCUCCCACAUCCUCUUUGCAGCCGGCUGCCCUUUGCUUCUGCUUUGGCCGUUUGUCUGUGAAAUGCCCACCGCCUCCAAGGGCAAGAAGUCGAAGGCAGAACUUCCAGACAGGGAGGAGCAGAUGAUGGAGAUGAGGCUCCGGGAAGCCCCAGAGAAGUUUUCAGCAGCGCUUUUGCAGCUGGGGCUCAAGUACCUGCUUGUUCUGGGGCUUCAGAUUCUGGCUUGUGUCUUGGCAGCAAUCAUUCUCAGAAGGCACCUUAUGGUCUGGAAGGUGUUUGCCCCCAAGUUCCUCUUUGAAGCUCUGGGCUUCAUGGUGAGCAGCGUCUUCCUCCUGCUGGGCAUCGGCCUGGUGAUGCGGGUGGACUGCGCCGUCAGCCUGUGGUUCAAGCAGCUCAUCCUUGCUCAGUCCAGGUAGCACGAGAGGAAGAGGGACCUUCUGGCAGUGCCCCCCCCCCCCCGCAACCGCAGAGAGAGCCUUGGGGAGAUUCUCGCGCUGCCCACAACUCAGUGGGCUCAGCUUGGUGGCGGUUGCCGGGUCUUUUGUUUUGCAGAAAGAGCCUUCCCACGCUCCAAAGAGACGCCCUGAUUUCACUUGCCACUCACAGCUUGUGGGUCGCCAGUGAAACACUGGGGAGUGGCCCUUUUGUUCUCUGAGUGGGGGGAAGAAAUGCAGAGGCAGCUGCCCCUUGUUUCCAAAGAGAACACUUACGGCCGUGUGCGGCUGAGAUCCAGAUCUGUGGGCAUCACCCUUGCGGGUGACUUCCUUGCUUCUCCUUAGUUCCUUCGUGGGACUGGAGCAGCUGCACAUGGGGUGGGGGUGGGGGUGACGCUGUGGGCACUUCUUGGGAAUGGCAGAAAGGGAAAUCCAUGCCCAGAGCUGGAGAGGCCAGAUUCUGGACCAGGAAAAAGCACCCUCCGAGCUGACUGCCAACAGAUUCUUUGCCAACCAGAGGAAGGUCUUGCUUUGACUGCUCUUUGAGGAAUAAAUGCCGCUGCUAUUUCUAACUGGUGGCUGGUAGCACCUUCAGAAAGGCUUGAUCGGUCUGUGGUUUUUGCUCAAAGCCCUGUCGGUGCAGAAACGUUUCUUCUCCUUCAAGAACCAAGGCUCCAACAGGAACAGAACACCCUUCUUGGUUGCAGGCACCUGGGUGGCCCCCAGCAGUGGCCAGAAGUUCUUUCGGGACCCAGCGUUUUUGAAGAACCUCAACUUUUUGGUGCUGAAGCCUAAGUCUCAUUUCGUCGCUGAGACUUGGUUGUGUUUUGAGUUCCAGAUUUCUGGAUCUGGCCUUUUGAAGAAAAAAAAUUGGAGUUCCAGUUCUCCACUAGGUAAAAUUUGGCAUGGCCGCUUGGCAGCCUCUGGCUGGGUGUUCUGGUAGUUUCCUGCGCUGACUUUGCUACAAAGGAAGCUGCUCAGUCCAUCCAAGGCAGUGUAGUCUGCUCAGACAGACACGCUUUCCCGGCCUCAGGUAGAUCAUCCUUCCUCAUCACUUCUGCCCGUGUCUGCUACCUGAAGAUCCCACACCUACUGCAUGCGAAGCAUGUGCCUGUCCCACUGAGCCACAGCCUGCCUCCCCACCCCUGCUUUUAUGCCUGCAGUAGUGUUCUGUGUAACUCCGCACCACUUCCUCAUGGUGCCAGAACCCACCUCCCUGCUUCUCCUCCUCCUUUGGGGACAGACCCCUCGUUCUGGGCCUCACUGGCUGCUCUGGAGCAUCAAGCCCAAAGGUCCCUUCCUUGAAGGAAAGGUCUGGGGAGAGCCAUUUCCAGCCACAAUUAGCCUGAACCUGCUGUGUGCUCAGGAGGAGGACGCAAGAGACGCCCUCUUUAUCCUUGGCUGCAUCUCUUCCUCCCUUUGGGCUUGUUAGUAAAGGAGUCAUCAAAUGAAUAUGCUCUGACUUGCUGUUUGUUGCUUCAGAAUCCAUGUUCUGUCAAGGACUUGGCUGCUGGAUUCCUGCUCUGCUGCUUUGUCUCCCUUGAGAAGGUUGUUGGGUCUUGCUUUGGCUAAAACAGAGAUGGGAUGCCUUUCAAAGAUGUGGGUUGGUGGGGCUGCUUUCAGAGGAUCUGCAUGGGAAGAGGGGAAUUGCGCCCGGAGUCCCAUUUUUAUUUUUCUGCAAUGCCUUCAAGGAGUCAGCUUUGCAUUGAGCAUGUGAGGCUGCUCAAGCGGGGACCACUUGGCCUGCUGGAUCUUGUGAUGGAUGGAUGGAUGGUGUCGCAGCAGCCUCAGCCCAGGGAACUCGUCACAGUGGAUGUGGAAUGGACAGGUGCCUGGAAGCAGCUGAGCAGUUGUACCACUGAACGCUGCAAGAUUUGGCCGUGCUAAGACAUCCCUGAUCUUUGUUUUGCUCUGCCUUACCAUACCUUGGAAAACGGAGGACGCAACUCCCAAUGUCAACACCUUCCUCUGAUGUUUGUUUUCAUUGUCAGUUUUCUCGGCUGCUCCAGGGUAUUUGAGCCACGGGAGUGACCCUAAUGCUGCUGUGCUUCUGUGUUCUUGUGUCAUGGUAGAUACAUUCAUUUUUAUGGCCAGCUUACACAGUGCACAGGGAACGACUUCCAUGAGGUGGUUGCAAAGGCUUGUGGUUGACAUUCUUUAUGUUGGGGCUGCUGCAGGCAAACAGGUGGGGCUGGUGGGGGGCCUGACCUUCUCCAGCCCCCUCAAACUCUAUGCAUUCUCUCUGCCCAGUAAAGCAAUGCUAGUGAGACUUUCAGCCUUGCCUGCCAGUCCAGGUGCGUUUGCUGCUUCUCCCCCUCUACACAGAAUUGGUGCCUUAAAAAUCCUCAUUAGCUGAAGCUUCCCUGAGACACGGGGAUCUGGUCCUGAGAACCCGAGAAGCCAAGCCAGUACAUUUUUCUGCCCCAAACUCGGCACAAUCCAAGAGGUUUCUUCCUGGCAUCUCUUGCCGUUUUGCAGAUGUUUGGGGCUUAGCUUCAAAUAUCACAUGCCUGCUUCCUUGCAAUCCCUGAUCAGUCAGUAUUCUUAAGUGUCCCCUAAGUAGCCCCAGUUUGUCAGUUCUGAGCACUUGCUCUGAAGUUUAGUACCCACCAUUUCCAUGCAGGGGCAGAUCCAGGCUCAUUAAACAUGAUUUGCUGCUCUCGUCAGCAUCCUUCUCCAUCCAUGAUUUCACAGCUGUUUGGUUUGAAAUUACUCAAGGUUAGCACUGCUGGCUUUUGCUUAAAAAGAACAGAAGUCGUACAAAGAGUUUCAGUGGUUAUACUCGUUAUGACUCACUACCUCCAGGAUUGGGGCAGUAAAUGCCUCUGAAUACCACUUGCUGAGGCAUCACAAUAGGCAAGGGCUCUAGAUGGGCUCCCUUUGGCCUGAUCUGGCAGCCAGGUUUUCCUUACAUUGCACUCAAAGAGCCAGAAUUUCCCCAGGUGACGGCCUGCUUCAUCUACUGUUAGAGGGAACUGUGAGCUGCAAGUUGGAGGAACCAGAUUGAGAUCUUGAAACUCAGUCUCCUAAGGGACAGUUGCUUUUACUAUGAAGUAUUAUGUCAGAAAAUCUGGGCUUCAAAAUCAGAAGUGCUGCUUUUCAAAUGGGAAGGAAUUACGUUCAAACGUUUGAAACCAUCAGUCAGGGCCUGUGUUCUUUCUUGGGCUAUAAAAGCAAAAGAGAAAUGCUCCUGUGUUUUUAUAUCCUGGAUUUUCUGAUGUUUGUUUCAUAGUAUAUAGAUAAUUCUCCCUUAGAGGACCUGGGGACUUUCUACCUGCAAUUCUGCUGCUACAUGCCACAGAAUCCUUCUCUGUAAAAUGCUCUGGUGUAUUCUAGUGUUAAGGAAGCACCCACAAAUAGCCAGCCCUGUGGGUUUUGUCCUCCCCAUAGAUAUGUACAAAUCACACUUAGCAGGUUGCCGGAGCUUCUGUGGCUCAGACCAGGGGCAUCGCUAGUUCUGAGCUGGAGGUGGGCUUAUUCCUGCCCAUCCUGCACAUGGUCACUUUAUAGAUUCCUAGCAGGUGCCAUCCAUACUAGAGUUCUCAGAUCUGGAAGGGUAGCAGAAGACUGAGAGUAGUGAUAAACCCUCCAGUGCCUUUAUUUGGCCUGCUCCUGCCUCUGAGGGAGACCAGACCAUGGUCUGUAGUCUCUCCCCGCUGGAACCAUUAUUGCCUAGGGCAAGUGUUUUCACCUUAUGUGCCUCUCUAUCCUGACGUGCAAAACUGGGUAUGCCCUGGCCUACCUCUGAGGGUAUGUUUUAUGGGAAGACCAAGAAAAGGAGUGGCUUUGCAUAGAAUAACUCUGCAGCUUCUUUUUUGUUUCUGCAAUAUGAAACCAAAACCCACGAGCAAGUAGUUCUGCGUUGGUCCUUUUAUGCUGAAUAGUCAUCCUGUUAACUUCCUUUGGGGAGGGUCAAAAGUAGGUGUUGGAAGUUUUUUUUAAGAAAAGGGUUUUCGGUGCACAAGGUUGAAAGGGGAGACGUGUGCCAGGGCUGGCUCUAAAACUGCUGUAAAUAAAAUGUCUGAUCCCAAA